CACAUUUCAUAACGUUAAGUAUGUAUAAAUAACAGUCUGCAGACGCACGUGUGCACGCUUCCUCUCUCCACAGCUUCAAGCUACAACGUUCUACAACAUGAUUUGUCUGACAGGAGUGAUCGUGCUGCUCUUUGCAAUGACUGUAGAUGGAAGAGUUGGGAACUCCUCUAGUGAAUCCAGUUACUGCACAGAGACAAAGGAAUGCUUUCUGUUUGACUUGGUUUGUGAGGGAGAUGGUUAUGAGGUACGCCAAUAUGGAGCUGCCAAGUGGGUGACCACAGAAGCUGAAUCCUAUUUCAUGGAAAUUGCAGUUUCAAGAGCAUUCAGGAAACUUUUUAAAUACAUCACCGGAGAAAAUGAGGCUGGUGCUAAGAUUGACAUGACUGCACCGGUCCUCAUUAAAGUCGGUGAUAGUGUGAGCACGUGGCAGUCGUCAGUCUAUGUUCUCAGCUUCCUUCUGCCCUCCAACUACCAGGCCAAUCCACCCAAACCUACAAAUCCAUCUGUGUACUUAACAGAGACUCCAGAUAUGAACGUAUAUGUCAAGAGCUACGGGGGCUGGAUGUUGUCAUUUGUGUCCACAUCACAGGCUGAGAGUCUGAAGACAUCACUGGACAAAGUGCAGGCUACUUAUGAGGAAGGUUACUACUAUAAUGUCGGCUAUAACAGCCCAAUGAAGAUUAUGAACAGGCACAAUGAGGCAUGGUAUAUUGUUAAGGGUGAUCCAGUGUGUCUUAAGAGUGAAUAAUUUCUCUGAGGCUCCUCUCCAACAAGUCUUUUAAAGAGCCACAGAGAACAGAACUGCAUAGCUCCUGUGCUAUAGUCAUAACAAGCUAAAUUGCCUUACAAGUUCUUUUUUUUACUGAGUAGAAGAUAUAUAGAUUGCAUUGUAGGAUAUUACAGUAUAUAAUAUAUACCAGCACAUAUACCAGGGGUUCUUAACUCUGGCCUUUGAGGUCCACUUCCCUGUAGAGUUUAGCGUUAACCUUGAUCAAACACAACUGCCUGUAUCUUUCUAGUAAUCCUACAAACCUUGGUUGUUGUUCAGGAAAGUGGACCUCAAGGGCCAGAGUUGAGAAUGCUUAACAUAUACUAUUGGGUUGGGUUUGGUUUAGAAGACAACAUUAAAAAAAGGUCAAAAAAUGUCAAACUCCAAGGGAUGGUGUUUGGUCUUUAAGCAUUUGUUGUACACACCUGUAUGAAGAGAAAAUAAAAACAUCAUUGUAAUAA